UCGGAAAUUCUAAUGAUGAAAGGCAGAGCUCAGCCCUCACUUCCCCUUUCUGCACAGUGCGGUGCUGGGUGCCACGGAGCGGAGCGGUCCUUGCCAGGAGCCUGAAACAGACAUGGAUCAAGAAACCCUGGGCAACGUCGUCCUGCUGGCCAUCGUCACCCUCAUCAGCGUGGUCCAGAACGGGUUCUUUGCCCACAAGGUGGAGCACGAGAGCAAGACGCAUAAUGGGCGGAGCUUCCAGAGGACGGGGACACUCGCCUUUGAGCGGGUCUACACUGCCAACCAAAACUGUGUUGAUGCAUACCCCACCUUCCUGGUCAUGCUGUGGAGUGCAGGGCUUCUCUGCAGCCAAGUGCCUGCCGCCUUUGCUGGGCUGAUGUACCUGUUUGUGAGGCAGAAGUACUUCGUCGGCUAUCUGGGAGAGAGAACUCAGAGCACGCCUGGCUACAUAUUUGGGAAGCGCAUCAUCCUGUUUCUGUUCCUCAUGUCCCUCGCUGGGAUCUUCAACUACUACCUCAUCCUCCUUUUCGGAAGCGACUUUAGAAACUACAUAAAGACGAUCACUACCACCAUCUCCCCUCUCCUUCUCAUCCCCUGACUCUCUGCCGAAUACCGGGUGGCUGUGCGCAUCUAAUCAAUACCUAGAAGCCACCAUAACUCAACCUGUUAAAAGAUGCAGCUCCUCAUUAGAGAGCUGUAAAUCUCAGCACCCUCUGGGCUUUGCAGCUUGAGUUAACCUUGCUUUUCCUGGAAGAGACCAUCUGUGUGUCAGCCCCGCCCCCUGCACAUGGCCGUGGCCCCAGAUUUGCUCUUCAGAUCCCUUCUGUGUGUUUCUUGACUUGCCCUGCUUUCUGAAGAUGUUUUGUGAUCAGAUUUGGGUUUUAAUAAAAUAAAAUGCAGACACGUGUUA